AUGCUCGAGCAGCAGGUGGCGGACUUGCAGGCGCAGCUUCGCCGGCGGGAUGCUGGCGCAGGACGAGAUGCCGCAAUGAAAGUCGGAGGUGAUGCUACAUCUCUUGACGGGGCAGGCAACCCAUCGGCUGCUCAGGUGGACGAGCAGAUACGUAUUCUGGACGAGAAGUUGCACAGGGUGCCCGAGCAGCUGGUCAAGCAGGUGCUCGAGCUGGGUGCCGUCCGCACCAAACUCCCGGCUGAUCGUGAAUCGGUGGUGGCGAAACGACGGGAUCCGAGGCCCGUCGGGGCGCAGUUCGCAGAGGUCAGUCGCGAGAUCUAUCAUCUGGGGCAGAAGAUUCAGCGGGCGGACGCAGCAGCGCAGCAGCCGCGUGACGCCAUCAAAAAGUUGGAAGCCACGGCCGCCGAGGAGGAGGCUUCGCUUUCGCACUUUCGGCUACAGUUGGUGGAAUUGGAAGGUCAGCGCCUCGAGCUCGCCAGGAAGCUUAUUCCGCCUCCAGCUUCUGGAGGAGAACCGGCGCAGACCGUGGCGGGCAGCUUCUCCAUCGAGACGCUGGGGGCCACACUCAGGAGGCACGAUGUGCAAGACGAGCUCUUGGACAAGAUUGCGCAGACAGAGGAGGCAUUCCAGUUGGUGGCAGCCGCAGGCGCAGGCGCAGAUGCAGCGGCGGACAGUGGUCUCGCGGCUGGCUCUACCCCAGAUGAUGUGGAAGAUGUUCCUGAAUUGGAGCCACUACCUUCGCUCCAAGGCGCCUCCGAAGGUGACCUCAAGCAGCUGUUCGCGGACAUCGGCACCCCGAGCGAGGACUUCCUCAAUCUGGAUUGUCCCAAGUUGCGAUCGGCUUCCGACAUGUUGCAUCGCAGGGUCAGCGCCUACAAGCCGGCUGAUUCAUUUACAGAGCAAGGCGAGCACUUAGAUGGCCAGGCCAAGACCCAUGACACAGGAGACGCUGAAUCGCUGGAUGAGGCGAAGGGCGCCGUAACCACGGUCAAUGUCUCAGGUGCGGGUUCGUUGGUAGAUUACCUGGCUCAGGAGCCACCUGGGAAGGUCAUUGCGGUUCAGCAGCACUACGCACGCGGCGAUCGUCUGCAUCCGAUGCGGAAGCAGGCGCUGGACUUAGACUAUCACGGAGUCUGGGCAGAGGCGUUGCUCACCGAGGACGGAGGGACCAGUGGGGGUGUCUGCGCGGUAGCUACUACCGGCAUGAUGGUCAUUGAGGCCCCAUCAUGCAUAGGUCAUGCUGGCUUGCCUGCGUUGCGCUUCACUGCUGCCCGCAUACAUUGGAUUGUCGCCAAGGGGCUGACCAUCGCGAGCGUCUAUGUUCUCGACGGUCAAGGCCUCGGACCCGACAGCGCCUUCAUCAUCGAGGGCGUCGUGCGACAUGCGGGCAUGCUGCAUGCCAUGGGAAUUAAUUGGAUGGUCCUUGGGGACUGGGAGUUCAAACCAUCAGAAUGGGGCCCUGCGAGGUUGCGGACAGUUCACGGACAUCUGCACCAGUCUGAAGAACCCACGUGUGCGAAGUCUAUACCCGGUAAGGUUUGCGAUUCUGCAGUCGCAACAGUCAACUUACAGUCCCGUCUGUCGGAACCUGUGGUGGAUCACGGAGUGGAGUACCUGGGCUGCGUAGGCGCCUGGGAGACCUACAGCGGCAUGAUGUCCAACUACGACAGGCUCGGCGGCAGCGCGGAGGCGGACAAGAUUUGGCCAGCCUUCAUGAAGUCAUGCGGCCUGGACCCCGAGAAGGUCAAGGCCGACGCCGAGGCCGUGAUGCAGUGGGCGAAGGGCGUCUCCCCGGCGCAGAUCCUGGAGGCCAUGGCGAGGGCCUCGGCCGCGCGGCCGACAGGGUUGUGGACGCCUUGUCUGGCAUCUCGACUGGCCUCUACAGCCAGCCUUUCAGCGUUGGCCUCUUCAAGAUGA